AUGACAAAAGUUUCGAAGAAAUCAUCGCGCUUAAAGAUUAUAUCCAAAUAUUUAAAAUUGUAUUAUGAAUAUUCCACUAUAAACAGUUUUAAAUACUUUGCUGAUUCUCAGAGACCUUGGUUUGAAAGUCUGGUGUUUAUGGUUUAUAUUUCCUAUUAUGAAUUUAUGACAACACCUUUAGUAACUUCCACGGAGACAGAUGAUUAUAAAACGACUCUUUUAUCUUUUCCAGCAAUCGCCAUCUGCUCCAUUAACAGGAUAAGUCGGCAAUCCGCAACGGAACUGGCGACCAAUAUGUGA